GAGAGAGGCACUCUCCCGAAGGCGCAGACCUCUCUAUCCCGAAGGCGUAGACCUCUCUAUCCUGAGGGCGUAUAAAUGGCUAGAGGACUGAAGAAACAUUUGAAGAGGCUCAAUGCCCCAAAGCAUUGGAUGCUCGACAAACUUGGUGGUGCAUUUGCCCCCAAGCCAUCGUCCGGUCCUCAUAAAGCCAGGGAAUGCUUGCCUCUGAUUCUCAUCCUACGUAACAAGCUGAAAUAUGCUCUUACGUACCGUGAAGUAAUCUCAAUUUUGAUGCAAAGGCAUGUUUUGAUCGACGGAAAGGUUAAGACUGAUAAGACGUAUCCUGCAGGCUUCAUGGAUGUCGUCUCUAUUCCGAAAACAAAUGAGAAUUUCAGACUCCUUUACGACACUAAGGGUCGCUUCCGUCUACACACAAUUAAGGAUGAAGAGGCUAAGUUCAAGCUCUGCAAGGUCAGGUCAGUGCAAUUUGGACAGAAGGGCAUUCCUUACCUCAACACCUAUGAUGGGCGGACUAUCCGCUAUCCAGACCCACUCAUCAGGGCCAACGACACCAUCAAGCUUGACCUUGAGACCUAUAAAAUCGUUGACUUCAUCAAGUUUGAUGUUGGGAAUGUGGUCAUGGUGACAGGCGGCAGGAACAGGGGACGUGUCGGUGUUAUCAAGAGCAGGGAGAAGCAUAAGGGCACCUUUGAGACCAUCCACGUUCAGGAUGCCACCGGCCAUGAGUUUGCAACCCGCCUAGGGAACGUGUUCACCAUCGGCAAGGGGACAAAGCCGUGGGUCUCCCUGCCCAAGGGCAAGGGUAUCAAGCUCUCCAUCAUUGAAGAGGCCAGGAAGCGCCUUGCAGCUGCAUCUGCCACCACUGCAUAGGAACAGCUCUACAGGUAAUACCAUAUUUUAGAGCUAUGGACUUUCAUAGACGGUCUCGUCUUCAGGAAUGCGGUUCUACUCUCUACACAAGGCUAAUUGAAUUAUAAUCUCAUCAGAAUCUAGGUGUUGCAUGUAUGACACCAAUGAAUUUUUGUAGUUUAAGCUGUUUCAAACAUAUUUUCUUCCA